UGAAGCCAUGUUGCCCAACUGGGAGCCGAUCCGCGCGUCGGGGUGCAAUGUAGAUGAUCGUGAUCGCAGCCGCGAGGGUCGCCUCGUCGCCAUCGCCGUCGCCGCCGUCGCCGUCAUCUUCGCAUCCACGGCGAUGCCGUCCGUGGCCAUUUUAGAAUAAUCCUAAUUUCCACACCCCGAUACGCGAAGCGCGCACAUAUUCUCUGGCGCGGGCGGCCACAGGCGCCGGCGGCCAGGUCCUGGCGGUGUCGUCCUGGAGCAGGCAUGGCGCCCGUGGAGAUGGGCGAGUACUCUCUCGCCGUGGGGGCCACGUGCGCGUACCUGGUGGUGUGGUACGGCUUCCUGGCCAACCAGCUGUUCAUGAAGCCGGUGGCCGCGAGGAGCGCAGAGAGGAGGAAGGUGGAGCUCUCGCGGUUCGACUACAGGUGCCCCGAGUGGGAGAUGGCAGACAGGACGGUGGCCAAUGCUAUGGAGCAGAUGGUCGCCUUCCUCCUGCUGCUGUGGCUGUACGCGGUGUUUGGCAACGCUCGGGUCGCCGGAGUCCUGGGGUUCGUCUACGUGGGCUUUAAUCGGCUGGUUCGGCGGUCCCGAUUCUGUGGUCCUACGGGGGAAAGUUCACGCUGCUCGUGACACUCUCGACGUAGCCUAGCUACAUGGUAAUCGGGUGGUACCUCGUUGCCCUGUCGUACACGGCAUGCACGGGACAGCAGCUGGAACCCACACAGACGUGGAUGUGGCCGUUGUUCAUCCUCUUGGCGUGGGUGGCGAUGAUGGUGGUGGCUUGGGUUGCUCUUGGUGGGGUGUUGACACAAGUUUGCAAGGUCAUGUUCAAGCUCAGCGGAGCAUCGUCGGAUCUUUUCGAUGUCCAAUCCGAGUUAUUGCCUGCAGGCGGCGAGUCCGACAUUCACUGAAAGUCGCGUGCUCCGCACCGCUGCUGUGAAUAUGUUUGAAGUCUCCAGCACAAUAGUAUCCUCGUCUGCAAACUCCUCGACCCCUGUUUUACGGGCCACUAGUGUUCUCACCCGCCCCCCCCUCUUCGUGGUCGUUCUCCUCCUCCCUCUCUGGUUUCACGCUUUCCCAGGUGUGCGCUGCAAGUGACACGCGGAGGGUGUGCAAUCUUGGGGUUGCAUUGCCGUGAGAGAAAAGUGUUCUACUGGCACUGCCAGUGCAAAUCCAUUUGCCGCUCGCACCCCAUGACGUGCAGUCCUUCGCCAGAGACCAACUCGUUGCAACAUGUACAUGCCGGUCGUUGAAAGUAGGUAUUUCUGGAUGCCCAGAUCCCAAUCUACUUCAAGCGCCUUCCUACUUAAAUCAUCGAUUCUAUAGGCUUACAACACAUCCGCCGACCCCUUUUUUUUCCUGUCGCAUUUCGCGUCCGAGCAAACCGUAUCCGGUGGAAAAUGACAGAGCGUGACAGAACCGAACAUAACAUAGCAGGCUUUUCUUAAUAGACGGCUAGCUGUAUGCUGCUCAGCGUAGAGCUCAAAGGAUCCGUCUAAGCUGUUUCUGAGCGAGUAGGACGAUAGGGCAAAGUCAGUAUCCGCGCAGGGAGGGGAGGCAACAGGAUAAGAGGAGUUCAGGGAAUGCAGCAAUUCUGGCACGACUCUUGAGCAGCUCUGGCGCAGAGGUGGCAGUGUCACAGCGACAGCCGCUGACGCGACAGAGGACGAUCGAAAUUUAACGUGUUUCGCUUACCUAUGUACAUAGGCAGCGACUCAGAGGACCCCUGGCGCAAGGCGGUGAAAGUUCGCGGGCGAGAACGUGUCCAGCGAUAGCUGCCGAUGCGACAAAGGCCGAGUUUUUUUACUCUCCAGGGGCUGCCAUCUAGAUGCGCUGUGUUCUACAAAAGUGGCCGUCCUUACGUCCAGAGCCCUGCGGCACUUCGUUCGCCCUCGCAUCUUCUCCGUUCUCCUCCUUUGCUUUCUGUCUCUCGUCAUCAGCAGGGGCGGGGGUCAGUCGCAGCAGCAGGGGCUCCGCCGUAUGCCUUGUUGUUAGCGGUGAUAUAAGUAAAUAACGAAGCGUGCAAGUGAUAGGCUGGCGGCACUCACUAUGUUGGUGCGGCAGCGGGUGGCGGGAAGGUGAUCACGCCAGCGAGUGAGGGCUUGCGCCACCCAGUAGUCUGCUGCCUGGAAUUCCCGCAAUUUUUAUGAGGGGCGUGGUCAAUAUAAUGUCCUCUCAGUUUAGUGCACCUUUGGCUUCGUGGGUUUGGGCGCGGUUCGCGUACCCAAGCCGGCGAGGCACAGGCAGACUCGUUGGAGCACUAGAUUCGAACGGUAUCUUGCACAUGCUCCCCCCCUCCGAGCGGUAUCUCCUUUUCCGCCGCCGUUUGGCUCGGUGGUACGGAAUGCGGCCGCCUUCUGUCCCCGUUUGAUUCGCGAGUUAGAUCACCCGUUGGGUUCUUGUUCGAUA